AUGCCCAAGAACGCCAAGCAGCCAGCACCACAGCAAGAGUUGUCCCCGAGUCUGCAGGAGGAAGGAAGUGGUGAUGUCCCUGCUGAUGAGGUUCCUGACGACACCGACGUUCCUGAUGUGGAAGACGUGGCGACCGUACAAGCUGUUGCUGGGCCCUCCAUGAAACGCACUCGGCCAUCCAAGAAAGACGUCAAGGACUAUCCCUUCACCGACGACCAACUGAGGGAGAUUGCAAACUUCGUACAGUCGCAUCCAGAGCUGUAUGACAAGCGUGAAGAAGUUGGUGGAGAAGAAGAGGACAGACUUCGGGAAGAUCGAGAAGAGGGAGAGCAAGAGUGGAUCAGCAGCCAGGCCGAGGACGCAGAGGAGCAGAAGGUCGUGGAGGUUUGGGGCUUCCUGGCAGGUCACAUCGCCCACGAAACUACGCACCCUAGUGAAGACUUCGGCAGACAAUGGGACGACCCAGAAUCCUCCAGCCAGGAGUCUGUCCUAUCGGCCCACUCACUUGCCAGGAGGAAGAGGAAGAAGGAACGCCAGGAGGAGGACCUAUCCAGCCCACGAUCCACCAGAGGUUCCCCGGAGAGAAGUGCCAUCCAAGAACUACUACAGAGUGCACAGCUCCUAGCAACACGGAAACCACCACUUGAGGGACCUGUGGCAGACGUCCGGCAGUUCGUGGAGUUCAUGUACACCCGCCUGAUGAAGGUUUCCCCCAUGCAUCAUGGUGUACUCUUCGCCAAGAUCAACUACAUGAUCAGCCUCAUGGAGGAACCGGUGAUGGGAAGGAGUGCCAUAAAAGACCCAAGGAGAUUGCUGGAUGCUGUGCCCAUGCCAGUAGGAGUUCCGGGCCCAUCGCAGCAGUGGCAGCCUCCUGCACCACCUACUGUCGCUCCUGCUCCACCUCCUCCUCCUCCUCCUCCAGUGUAUCAUCAGCCGCAGUACCAGCAGCCACACUAUGCGCAGCCCCACUACCUACAACAACAGUACCAGCAGCCUCAACAACAACACGUCCCCCAUCAAGACCAAACUCCAGCCCCAGAAGACGAAGUCACCGGCGAAGAAGGCCAUCAUGUCCCCCAUGAUCGAGACGCCCAGGGCCUACGAGGCGGAGGAUAG